CGAACAUGAUCCCUCGUAGUACUUUGCAGCAGGUGGAAUACUACAGAAAAUGAAAUACUCUCACUCAGACUACACGGUCGCGUGGGUUUGCGCUCUACCACUGGAGUUAGCAGCCGCCGAGGCGCUGUUGGAUGAAACUCAUGAUCGCCCCGCACAAGUCGCCCCAGCUUCAACUACCUAUGUUCUCGGAAAAAUCAGCGGCCACAAUGUGGUGCUGGUUUGUUUACCAUCGGGAGAAUAUGGUACCAUAUCCACUGCAAGUGUUGUAUCCCAUAUUCUAGCAACCUUUCCAGCAGUCCGACAUGGUAUUCUGGUUGGGAUUGCAGGAGGGGUGCCGAAUAAUCAGGUAGAUAUCCGGCUUGGUGACCUGGUCGUCAGUGAACCCACUGCAGAUUCCAGUGGUGUCUUUCAAUAUGACUUCGGGAAAGCGCUCCACGAUGGCCGAUUUCAACAGACACGGACCUUGAACCGACCAUCACCGAUCCUCUUAACUGCAGUGUCUCAGCUCAAAUCCCGUGAGCUGCGAACUGGAACUAACGGAAUCUCUGUUAUUACAGAGGAAGCUUUAAAACAAAACCCAGACAUGGCCAUCAGAUUUUCUAAACCUCCAGCAGAGGAUCGCCUUUUCCAGGCCACAUAUAGUCAUGUCAACAAUGAGGAUACUUGCUGGAGUUGCGACCGAAGUAUGGAGGUCAAGCGCGUCCCACGGCCAUCCACAGAGCCGCAUAUUCACUAUGGAGUCGUUGCCUCCGGAAACCAAGUCAUCAAAGAUGGUCAAACACGAGAUCGGAUCGCCAAAGAACAUCAUUGUUUAUGUUUUGAAAUGGAAGCAGCCGGCCUUUUAAAUGAACUCCCUUGUUUAGUGAUUCGGGGGAUCUGUGACUAUUGUGAUUCUCACAAGAAUAAAAAAUGGCAGGGAUACGCAGCAUUUACAGCCGCCGUUUACGCAAAAUUCCUUCUUGGGAAAGUUCCUACCCAUCGCCAGUCUCUGCUCACAGGAAGCCAGAGCUAUCCCAAACCGUGCUGGAUGGUGCCAUUUGAGAAAAACCCCCGAUUCAUCGGUUGUUCCCGCGAAGUGGCGAACUUGGAGGAGAAGAUCCUUGGUGACACAGGUAUGCAGAAAGCGGCAAUUUCUGGCCUAGGAGGCGUCGGGAAGACGCAGAUAGCAUUAGCGGUAGCUUACCGGAUCCGAGAGAGAGACCCUAAUCGGUCAAUUUUCUGGAUUCCUUCCACCAGUGUUGAAACUGUUGAGCAGGCCUUUCAGAGUAUCGGAGAACAUUUCAGCCUGCAAAAUCCGGCAUCUGCCGAUAUGAAAUUGAAGGUACAGCGGUAUCUCAGCUCGGAUCGAGCAGGACCGUGGUUACUAAUUGUCGAUAAUGCGGACGACAUGGAUAUGUGGACUAAGUCCAUGACAUCUCCCGCACUCAGGAGUUUUCUUCCACACGGGACACACGGCUUUAUCCUCUUCACGACCCGGAAUCAGCAGCUGGCAACCAAACUAGUUGGGCCAGAUGUGAUGCAGAUUUCUGAGAUGGAUGCGACAGUGGCGAAGGAUCUUUUAAGGAAAUCCUUGAUCGAAAAGGAACUGACUGAAGACAAAGAGUCUACAACCAAACUAAUUGAUCAACUCCAUGGACUUCCGCUCGCCAUUGUCCAGGCUGCCAGUUAUAUCAACGAAAACUCUAUCUCCCUGGCCCAGUAUAUGAUUCUCCUGAAUCAACAAGAGAGCGGCUUGGUUGAACUACUCAGUCACGAUUUCGAGGAUGAUUGGCGAUACACAAACCUAACCAAUCCGGUAGCAACAACCUGGCUAAUCUCCUUUGAUCAGAUCCGGCGAUCCAAUGUCUUGGCCGCUAAUUAUCUUUCCUUCAUGUCUUGUAUUGAUCCUCGAGAGAUCCCACAAUCACUUCUGCCGAAUAAUAAUACUUCACUUCCGCAACAGAUCCAGGCACUAGGCGUACUGAAAAGCUAUUCCUUUGUAACUGCACAGACGAACAGCCAAUUAUUGAGCAUUCACCGACUGGUUCAUUUCGCUACGCGUAGCUGGCUGCGCAAGGAGAAGAGAUUAGAUUAUUGGAGGCUUCAGGCUAGCGAGCGGUUACGAGAAGCUUUCCCGUCUGCUGAGCCUGAGAAUCGGCUUUUGUGGCGAGCGUACCUACCUCAUGCGCAGAUCGUCCUACACAGCGUAGAAUCCUUUGAGGCUGGACAAGGGAAGUGGAGAGAAGAAUUGAGUAACAAGGUUGGACAAUGCCUUUUUAGUGACGGGAGGUAUACUGAAGCCGAAGCACUCCUUCGACAAGUAUUUGAGACCAGACAAGUCGUUCUAGGCCCGGACCACCCAGGCACCCUGACGAGCAUGAACAAUCUCGGCUUGGUGCUUAAUAUGCAAGGGAAAUAUGAAGAGGCAGAGAUGAUACAUCGGCAGACACUUAAGAUAAAAGAAAAAGUGCUAGAGUUAGACCAUCCAGACACACUGGCGAGCAUGAACAAUCUCGGCUUGGUGCUUAAUAUGCAAGGGAAGUAUGAAGAGGCAGAGAUGAUGUAUCGACAGGUACAUAGGAUAAGUGAAAAGGUGCUAGGGCCAGACCACCCAAAUACACUGAUGAGCAUGAACAAUCUUGGCUCAGUGCUUAAUAUGCAAGGGAAAUAUGAAGAGGCAGAGAUGAUACAUCGGCAGACACUCAAGAUAAGUGAAAAAGUGCUAGGGCUAGACCAUCCAAGCACACUGGCGAGCAUGAACAACCUUAGCUCAGUGCUUGAUAUGCAAGGGAAGAAUGAAGAGGCAGAGAAGAUACUUCGACAGACACUCAAGACAAGUGAAAAGGUGCUAGGGCUAGACCACCCAAACACACUGACAAGCAUGAACAAUCUUGGCUCAGUGCUUAAUAUGCAAGGGAAAUAUGAAGAGGCAGAGAUGAUACAUCGGCAGACACUUAAGAUAAGUGAAAAAGUGCUAGGGCUAGACCAUCCAGGUACACUGGCGAGCAUGAACAACCUUGGCUCAGUGCUUGAUAUGCAAGGGAAGAAUGAAGAGGCAGAGAAGAUACUUCGACAGACACUCAAGACAAGUGAAAAGGUGCUAGGGCUAGACCACCCAAAUACACUGACAAGCAUGAACAAUCUUGGCUCAGCGCUUGAUAUGCAAGGGAAAUAUGAAGAGGCAGAGACGAUAUAUCAGCAGGCACUUAAGAUAAAAGAAAAAGUGCUAGGGCUAGACCAUCCAAGCACACUGAUGAGCAUGAACAAUCUUGGCUUGGCGCUUGAUAUGCAAGGGAAGUAUGAAGAGGCCGAGACAAUGCUUCGACAGACACUCAAGAUAAGUGAAAGGGUGCUAGGGUUAGACCACCCAGACACACUAAGGAGCAUGUGGGGUCUAUCAUACACCUGGAAAAGGCAAGGCCGACAUGUCAAGGCUCUCGAUCUCCUCCAAACUUGUGUAAGCCUUCAAGGCAUCAAGCUAGGCCCUGAACACCCGGAAACCAAAUCGGCUACCGCUCUCCUGAACUAUUGGCUUCAAUCUAGCUGCGAUCCCAGUGUCAUUCCUGAAAGUUCACAGAUCGUUGAGGAUGUCCCCCAACGAAAGCCUCGCAAACGCGACAUUAUUCCUCGACUUCUCCGGAAACGAUAG